CCAACUGAAGAGUUGCACAUUGUGGCUAAUCUUUUGUUCUUGCUAUUUGUUUUUAGUACCGUCUUUGAAUUGUCCCUGGAUUUAGAUUUUGAGCCCAGUUCUGGACCGCCUCUCCAGUCCUUUAAACAUUUAAUUCUGUCACUUCUCUCUCUACUCUCCCCUGGUUCCUCUGACUGAUCGGGUCCCGGCGUUUUAUCCUGAUCCAGCAGAAAUAGAGAUCUAGCGUGAAAACUGUGAUUUAUUAGUCAAACACGCAGCUGAACAGUGUGUCACUGUCACCUGUGUAAUGGUGCACAAGUAGGGCCCUUGGGGCAGGCCUCUUGUCAGUGUGGCUGCUGCUCAGUAAAAGUCACUCCAGCACGAGAGGUCAAACGGCGUGUGACUUGGCACGUUCCCCUCCGGAUCAGUCAGCGUGGCCAUGUGCCACAGAUAAUGCCGCCUUCAAUCCCUCCUUAUCCUGCAGCUCAACCCUUCACCUAAAGAGGAGGAUCUUCACUUUCCCUGCAGGAGGCUUUUGUGCUUGGACACAGCGGGAGCCUUCCUCUGCAGACGGCUCAACACAACCGCCCUUAUAAAUCACGGUGCAGCAUAAGAGGAAGCGGGGCUCCUGUUUCAGAGUUUUAGGAUGGCCACGGAGGGCUCCACUAUUCCCAGUCCCGUUGUCCGCCAAAUCGACAAGCAGUUCCUGAUCUGCAGCAUAUGCCUGGACCGCUACGAGAACCCCAAAGUGCUGCCCUGCCUGCACACCUUCUGUGAGAGGUGCCUGCAGAACUACAUCCCGGCCCACAGCCUCACCCUGUCGUGCCCUGUGUGCCGCCAGACAUCGAUCCUCCCGGAGAGGGGGGUGGCGGCGCUGCAGAACAACUUCUUCAUCACCAACCUGAUGGACGUGCUGCAGCGAAGGCCAGAUACCUGCAGCCAGGAGGCCGCCACCCUCAACAACAUCACCGCCGUGGCUACGGCUCAGCUGCUCUCCUGCCCCAACCAUGGAGGAAGUGUGAUGGAGUUUUACUGUCCUCCGUGCGAGACGGCCAUGUGUCAGGAGUGCACCAGUGGCGAACAUGGAGAGCACCCGACCGUGCCUCUUAAAGACGUGGUGGAGCAGCACAAGGCCUCGCUACAGGAUCAGCUGAACGCUGUCAAGAAGAGGCUGCCGGAGAUAGACUCCGCCCUGCUGACGCUGUCGGAGAUCCUCCAGCAGCUGACCAACCGGAAGAGCUCCAUUGAAGACGACAUCCAUACGACCUUUGAUGAGCUGCAGAAGACGCUCAAUGUUCGCAAGAGUGUGUUACUCAUGGAACUGGAGGUCAACUACGGGCUCAAACAGAAGGUUCUCCAGGCCCAGCUGGACACCCUGCUGCAGGGCCAGGAGGGCAUCAACAGCAGCUGUAACUUCACCGAGCAGGCCCUGAGCCACGGCACCGAGGCCGAGGUGCUGCUGGUCAAGAAGCAGAUGGGCGAGCGCCUCGUCGAGCUGGCCAAUCAGGAGCUCCCCCUGCAGCCCGGCGAGAACGACCAGCUGGACUUCCUCGCGGAGACGGAUGGAUUAAAGAAAUCCAUUCACAACUUGGGCACCGUGGUGACCACCAACGCCGUCGCGUCCGAGACGGUGGCCACAGGCGAGGGGCUGCGGCACUGCGUGGUGGGCGUGCCCACAGUCAUCACCAUAACCACCAAGGACAAGGACGGGCAACUGUGCAAGAUGGGCAACGCAGUCAUCACGGCGGAAAUCUCCUCCCCUGACGGGAGCAAAGUUGACGGAGAGAUACUGGACAACAAGAACGGCACCUAUGAGUACCUGUUCACUGCUCCCAAAGAGGGUUCCUUUAACCUAUCGCUGCGCUUGUACAACCGACAUAUCAGAGGAAGCCCUUUUAAAAUAAAGGCCAACCUGCACGCGUCCCCGAAUGCGGACGGCACAAAGAAGAGGCUGAAGUCUCCGGGCAGCGGACACAUCAAGCAGAAGGCCAUCAAGAGGCCGGCGAGUAUGUACAGCACGGGGAGGCGGAAAGAGAAUCCCAUCGAGGAUGAUCUUAUCUUCCGAAUAGGUACCAAAGGAAGAAACAAAGGAGAAUUCACAAAUCUGCAGGGAGUGGCAGCCUCCUCGCAGGGAAAAGUGCUGAUAGCGGACAGCAACAACCAGUGUGUUCAGGUAUUUUCCAACGACGGCCAGUUCAGGAGUCGCUUCGGGAUCCGGGGCCGGACUCCGGGUCAGAUGCAGCGGCCGACGGGCGUGGCUGUCCACCCCAGCGGUGACAUCAUCAUCGCCGACUACGACAACAAAUGGGUCAGCAUCUUUUCAAGCGACGGCAAGUUUAAGAACAAAGUGGGCUCGGGGAAACUGAUGGGGCCUAAGGGCGUGGCGGUGGACAGAAACGGACACAUCAUCGUGGUCGACAACAAGGCCUGCUGCGUUUUCAUCUUCCAGGCCAACGGCAAGCUGGUCACCAAGUUCGGUAGCCGUGGCAAUGGAGACAGACAGUUUGCAGGCCCCCACUUUGCUGCUGUCAACAACAACAACGAAAUCAUUGUGACCGACUUCCACAACCACUCAGUGAAGGUGUUCAACACGGAAGGGGAGUUCCUGCUGAAGUUCGGCUCCAACGGCGAGGGGAACGGCCAGUUCAACGCCCCCACCGGAGUGGCAGUGGAUGUCAACGGGAACAUCAUCGUAGCCGACUGGGGCAACAGCAGGAUACAGGUGUUUGAUGGCAGCGGCUCUUUCCUCUCCUACAUCAACACAUCGGCAGACCCGCUCUACGGCCCGCAGGGAUUGGCGCUCACCUCCGACGGACACGUGGUGGUGGCGGAUUCUGGCAACCACUGCUUCAAAGUCUACCGCUAUCUGCAGUAGCUCACCUCUUCCCGUAUGCGUACCGCUUAGAAACUGUAGACCGGAAGCCUCUGCUCUCAUCAACUCAUCCAUUCCUUCCUCCCACCGUGCCAUCCGUCAGACUUCUUUCUCCUGAUUCUGAACAACUUGCUCACAGGUCGCCGCUGUUGGUUGGUGCUUUCAGGAGUCGACCACAAUCUCGUUCAUAUUCCAUUUGGAGUUUGUUGAUGUGACAAGGGAAGCUUUAACGGCGAUACACCUGUGAUAUCUCAACAAACUGCGGAAAACUGCAAACUGAAGCUGCUGCACAGGCUUUGAAAAUUACUUGCUUGUUAAUUGAGGUUAAGAUAAGUGUAUUAGACUAUAGUUUAGGUACCUGAGAGAAAAAAAAAACGGAUUUUAGAACUUGUUACAGCACCUUUGAGUUAAAAUGCCCUUAAGACGACUCACGAUUUGCCUGUUCACUACCUGAACACCGAGUUUGCUGUAGGAUGGUUUGGAGCAUGACUAGGCGUUGCUGUGCAUGCCGUUUUUAACGAACAUCUUCAAUACUGCAGUGCACUGUUUUCAAAAACAAAGGGUUCAAUAUCACUACCGUAAAUUUUUAAUGAAAAAUUAUGAAAAGACAAACAAUUUGGCUGUCACAAUUUUAAGUAGAGUUGAUUUCUUGAUUAGUUUAAAAAGUUUAAAUUUGUGCAUUUAUAUCACAAACAUAGGCCACAAAGUGACACAGGGUCAUAUAAUAAUAUUUAAAUUGAUUAAAGUUAAACUGGGCAUACAGAUUAUAAAUGUAUCCACAAUUGAUUGUGCCAAUAAUUAUUUUAAGCGUAAUUGAUUAAAUGUGAAAUUCCUUUAUUAAAAUUGUAAGUUAUAUUCAAAAAUCCCUUCCAGUUAUUGUAGUUUCUAUUUAAUUUGUGGUUUCUGUCCCACUGAGGACCAAACGUGCCACGAUCCAACAAUAAUAAAUACAUUCAAUAAAUGUGUCAUUACAAAUGUUAAUUUGCCCAAUUCAAUAAAUGUGUCAAUUAAUAAAACUUGGAUUUAUUAUGUUAAAAUAAAGUCCAUGAUAAAACAUUAUUCACUCUGGCUCAUACCAUAAAGGCUGCAACAAGAUUGAGAAAUAAUUAGCCCAGAAAAACUUUCGAUAUUUUUAUUCAUUUAGUGUAUGCAUUUGCAAUGUUGAUCACAUAUAAAAAAAAUCCACUAUCUAUUGAAUAGUGGGACCUUUGGUGCUGAAUAGUGCAGCAGUGCACCAUAAAAUAAUUUAAAUUGUCAGCGUUGGUCAUCAUAUGUACCCUCAGCCUCUGAAUGCUUUACCUGCACAGCAAGUUCACUUCAGGCCAUAAAAGUUUUUUUUUUUUUUUAAAUGGAUUGUUUCAUAACGGAUUGCCACGUUUUAAAACUGUUUUAGUUAUCUAUAAAUUCUGGUACGUUUGGACCUCCACAGGCAUCUGCUGUGUAUAUGUGAACAUGAUGGGCCUGUGUUCCAGAUGUGCAGGGAUCCUACUUGAAAACUGUCCCCAUCCUGCAGAACAAUGGCUUUAAUUUUACACCACUGGUCCCAGAACAGCUAAAGUGGGAUGACCCUCACUCAUCCUAAUGUGCGCUUAUGUUUUUUCAACAUUUUUGCAAGUAACCGGUUGAUGGUGACCUUGUAGACCUAGAAGAUAUGAUUAUGUAUAUAUACAUUUGGUGUACAUGUUGUACAGUAAAAUUCACAUCCGUUUUAAAACCUUCGUCAUAAUCUGUCUCUAAGCACACAGUUGUCAGUAUUUGUCUAAGUUCGGUCAUCCAGUUUUUACACAAUCCUGUAAAGUUGUUUUAUUGUCUUGUGUAUAUAUAUUUGUAAUGCCAAAUUGAAUAAAAGUGCCCAAGAAACAA